CAGAGCAGGUCACUGCUUUCUGCCGCAGCCUCCAUGACAUGAAUCCACUGGAGUGCCCUAUGUCGUCCUCCUCGUCGUCGUCUUCGUCGUCCCUGUCCCCGAGCCCCGUGACAGCUUUACCCCCCGCUGCCACCCAGAGACAGCUCUCCCACGCAGACAAACUCCGCAAGGUCAUCAAUGAACUGGUGGAGACGGAGAAAACCUAUGUCAAAGACCUGAACUGUCUUAUAGAGUGCUACUUGACACCUUUGCAGAAAGAGAGCUUCCUUACCCAGGAUGAGCUGGACGUUUUGUUCGGUAACCUCGGGGAGAUGGUGGAGUUCCAGGUGGAGUUUCUCCGGACGCUGGAAGAUGGGAUCAGACUGGUGCCAGAUCUGGACAGACUGGAAAGAGUGGAGCAUUUUAAGAAAGUGCUCUUCUCCUUGGGGGGUUCCUUCCUGUAUUACGCCGAUCGCUUCAAGAUCUACAGCGCCUUCUGUGCCAGCCACACAAAGGUCCCAAAGGUGCUGGCUAAAGCAAAGACGGAUCCAGAUUUCAAAGCUUUCCUGGCUGAGAGAAACCCCCGACAGCAACACUCGUCCACUCUGGAGUCUUACCUGAUCAAACCCAUCCAGAGGGUCCUGAAGUACCCGCUGCUGCUCAGAGAGCUCUACUCUCUCACGGACCCCGACAGCGAGGAGCACUACCACCUGGACGUUGCAAUGAAGGCCAUGAACAAAGUUGCCAGUCACAUCAAUGAGAUGCAAAAGCUUCACGAGGAGUACGGAGCUGUUUUCGAUCAGCUGAUCAACGAACAGACUGCGCAUAGAAAAGAGGUGGCGGACCUCUCCAUGGGGGACCUUUUGCUUCAUUCUACGGUGGUGUGGAUCAACCCUCCAUCCUCCUUGACCAAGAGCAAAAAGGACCCCGAUUUGGCUGCUUUUGUGUUCAAAACAGCGGUUGUUGUGUACAAAGACAGCUCCAAGCACAGGAGAAAAAUUGGUGGAUCUCACCGAGCGUCUGUGAGUGACGACAAAGACCCUUUCCGGUUCCGUCACAUGAUCGCAACGGACUCUCUUCAACACCGUGCUCUUUCAAACUCUGAGGGAACAGCGGUGUGUGAGAUAGUUCACAUAAGAUCUGAAUCUGAGGGGAGACCAGAGAGAACCUUCCAGUUGUGCUGCAGUUCUCCAGAUAGUAAGAAGGACUUCCUGAAAGCAGUCCACUCCAUCCUCAGGGAGAAGCAGCGCCGGCAGCUCCUGAAGACGGAGUCUCUGCCUCUCAACCAGCAGUACGUCCCGUUUGGAGGGAAGCGCCUGUGUGCCCUUAAAGGGGCGCGUCCCGGCAUGAACAGAGCAGAAUCAGCUCCAUCACGGACGCUGCCCCGCAGGAAGCUGGUGAGGAACCGCAUCACCAUCGACACUGACCUGAUCUUCCAUGGCAACAACAACAACAGCACUGAUCCAGAGACCACCCACCACUCCUCCUACCCAUUGAUGUCCCAGCAUGCUCUUCCUCAAACACAAAAACCUCAAGGGGAGGACACUGACCGCUGGGUGGAGGAGCAGUUCGACCUGGGUUGCUAUGAGGACCAGGGUAUGGUGAAGGAGACGGACAUUUUGAGCGACGACGACGAAUACUGCAAGUCUGUCCGAGCAGCGUCUGCAGAACCGUCCAACCUGGAGGGUAAGAUGGAGAGACUGGAGCUACAGGGCGGAGAGAUGACGAGCCACAACCUGAACGGACGGGUGGAGACAGGAAGUGAGGUCAUGCUGAGCGUGAUGCAGGAGGAGGAAGUAGAACGGAUAAAGCUGUGUGACAAUUCAGGCUCCGUAGACUCUUUCUCGUCCUGCGGGGUCUCCAUCUCCCGCUGUUCAACCCCAGGUCUGACGCUCGCCCCCCUGAAGCAGUGUUCUGUGGAGGGGGCCUCAAACAAAGACCAUGAUGUCAUCUGGGUGCGACGGGACGACUUUGGUAACGGGUGCAACGGUGACGUCUUCUGAUUGGGAAUAAUAGAAAGAUGAAGAAAAUGAGCCAAAAGGGUGGUUUAUUUAACUUUGUUACAUAAAGUAAGAGGGCAAGAAAACAGGGGAGAGAUUGAACACAAGCUUUAAAUAUGUUGAAUUUGGAGGUAUUCGUGUAUAGGAGGAAUUUAACCUCAUCCAGUCCUCCCUGUGUUGCUACACAACCCCCUUCUUCCCACCUCUCCUGCAUCUCCCUUGUUCUGACAAUCCCAAAGUGCUGAACCACCGAGCGAGUGAGGGGAGCUUCUCAUCCCGAACUGCUUAAAAGUGAACCCAAAAGAAAACACGGUCCUCACUGUUUUUGGAUCCCCAAACUUCACAUAAACCUCUGGAAUUGUAUGUGAACGUUUGAAAAAGACAGCACCGCAUGUGCACGCAAGUAAACAAGCAACGUGUGUGUUUGUACACUGUCAGUACACAGGAGCACAGACACAUGUACCGUGCACACAUUACUGAAGAGACUCACUGAACCGGGAUCUUCUGGCCAAAAAUGUCUAUUUUUCAACACAGGAAUGUGGGUGUUAUAUUUUUCUGACUCAGAAACUGUUUGUAUUUUAACACUCAAAGGGCUGUGUGUUACUGAACUUUCUUCAGGUGCUUUUGGCUAAACGACUGCUGUGUAAAAAGAUGGUGAGAUCCAACUAGCUUUAUCGUGCUUUUUGACGUUUUAACUUAAUAUCAGCUGCACAUUGAUGUAUAGCCAGGAGUACAAUAGAGUGCCGUUAACCUCUUGUUAUGAAAAUAUUUUGAAGCUCACUUUUGUCUCCUAGCAUAUCCUUUUUGAAAGAAAGUGUACCUAAUCUUUAUUUAAUUAUUGCCUUUUGACUGUAACUUUCAAUGUUUACACCACACUCAGCUGCCCAGUGUUACAAACCACCUUUUGUGUGUUUGGUGCCAGAAACAAGCUUGACAGAGCCGUCGCUCGUGACCUUCACAUGAAUGUCCAGCCUAUGAUUUUGUUGCUCCAAUAAAAUGUGUUGUUAUUUUGGUAACUCCAUCAAGGUCAUCAUUAUACUGGAGUCGUCUCACCCCUGAGGCCUCCUCAUGCUCCACAUCUUGGUUAAUAGCAUUAUAAUUCCUCCAACCAUCCUGUUUUACUUGAAUUGUCUUUGUUGUUUUGAAAGGAGUUAUUCAACAGAACCAUGUUGGUGACUCCAAGGAGAAUCAAACAGUUUUCCUCUGAUCUCUUCAUCUCCUUCUCUCUCUCCAGCUCUUUGACCUUUGUCAUGUCAGAAAGCAUCACAACCACAGAAAAGCUGGUAGAGAGUAGAGACAGACUUCACAUCCAUGACAUUUAUCAUCAACCCCUACUUAAGUCCUCUCCUGCAUUUCUUCCAUUCUCCACCAGGCUGUGCUGUUUCACUUUAUGUCUUCACAACACGCUGAUUGCUGAACAGUCAUGCGCACCUUAAUGGAUGUAUUGAACAUGCACUUAAUACCCUACUGUGAGGGGGAGGGGGGAAUCUGAGAGCUACUCUGAUACAGAGUGGAGGUAGAUAAUACACUUUGGAUGUUUCUUAUUGUGUUUUUAUUGCGAUGCUGGUUUCUUAGGUGUUAGCUGUCUGACGGAGCCCAGCAGAGACGUUCAAACUGUGAGGUACAAUCACCUGGCCUUGGAGGCAAAAUCCUGUGAGACCCCCUUUGACUCCUCCCUUUGUACUUUUAAAACUGUGUUCGUACAUAAAACUGUGGAGUAUUAUCAUUUUUAUGUUAAAAUAAAUUUUCUAAAUUUA